AGCGUGCCCCCACACAUCAGGAACCAACGCGCUGCACGUCCAUAUCCACGAUGGUCCCCUGUGGGCCGGCCUGUAGUUUCCUACAACGGCAGCAGAUGUCCCAGUGGUGGUGUGAUGUGGGGCUGCUGCGUUGGGAGGGGGGGAGGCCCCUCUCUCGCUUUAAAACCGCUUCCAUCAGAUCGACCACCGCGCGCAGCUGUUAGAUGGCGGUCUCUCAAAUAUUUACAAAGCGCGUUUCCGCUCCGAGAUAAAAGUCGAUGACGUUUGUUGGAGCUGAACGGCGGAGGUUGAAAUUUGAUCGUUGGCACUGACUUCCAAUUUUUCUUUUUUUUUUCGUGUGCAAAAUUCGCAGCAAGUUCAGAAACCGCUUCGCUCCACGGCCACUUUUCUCGUGCGACCUGCGAGCCCGCAGCUGACCGAAGAGUCAAAAAAGGGAAGGGAUCCGCGCUCGGGUUAUUUGCAACCGCUGCAUGACCCCCCCCCCUCCCCUUCGGUUGAGCCAUGAGGCUGCUUGCCCACGAUAACCCCGAUUCGUGUUUUACGUAUUCGUUUUCCGAGGGUUCGUAAAUGCACCUUCACCCGCGCGACGUACUUCUUUCUUCCGCCGAGGGAGCAGACGAGCCCACUUGUUGCGGAGCGUCGUGAUUACAUGCGAGCCGAGCAGCGCUGCGUCCCUUUAUUCCUCCCGCUUGGAGGAAGUAGUUCGGCAGUUUUGCGGGCCGCUGCGCGUCGUGAAGAAGAUGGCACCCAAACAACCUUGGACCCAGAUCUUGAUCGCGCUCUCGUCCUUAUUCUCUCUCACGGUGUGCAGCGCGGCGGCCGAUGCCCCGGAGGAGGAGGCUUUCAGUGCCGAGGCUUGGCUUCGUACGUUCGGCUACCUGUCUCAGGCGAGCGGUCAGAUGUCCACCAGGCAGUCGGCUCAGAUCCUGUCCAAAGCCAUCAGCGACAUGCAGCGCUUCUAUGGCAUAGAUGUGACAGGGGAGAUGGACCCUGCUACUGUUGCGGCCAUGCGUCGGCCUCGCUGUGGCCUCCCAGACAGAAAAGCGGAGGAGAUGGAUGGUGGCGCGAGGAAAAAACGCUACGCUCUCACUGGACAGCAGUGGGGCAAAGAUCACAUCACCUACAGCAUCAUGAACCAGCAAAUCCCGUCCUCGCUGGGCGAGGAGCGGACCUUCAAUGCCAUCCGCAACGCCUUUGACGCCUGGAGACGGGUCACGCCGCUCACCUUUGAGGAGUUACCUGCUGUAAACAGCAUCAGCAGCAUCAACAGCAGCCAGGCACAGCUGGCUGACAUCCUGUUGUUGUUUGCAACUGGUUUCCAUGGUGAUAUGUCAUUGUUUGAUGGCGAAGGAGGGUCGCUGGCCCACGCCUACUACCCCGGACCAGGGAUCGGUGGGGAUACACACUUUGAUGCUGAUGAGCCUUGGACGCUGGAAAACCAAAACCCACAAGGUAUAGACCUCUUCCUGGUCGCGGUGCAUGAACUCGGCCACGCUUUGGGUCUGGAGCACUCUGAUAACCCCAAUGCCAUAAUGGCUCCUUUCUACCAGUGGAUUCAAACACACAACUUCACCCUCCAUGACGAUGACAUCAGAGGAAUACAGUACCUAUACGGCCCCCCUCGCCUCGGCGAUGCUCCUCCCACUUCUCCUCCGGUCCUUGAGGACAAACCAGGACAUGACUCCCCUUCUCCUCCUGAGGAAGGACCCGACCCAACUCCUCCCAGGGCGCCCCCACCCGAUUCCCCCGACCCGACCGACGGCACUCCCGAUCCCCCAGCCCCCCCGGAGCCGAGUCCCAGUUCGACCUCACCUCCUGCCCUCCCCACCCCAGCCCCCACCGCCUCACAGCCCGAACCUGUAACCCCACGCAUUAGAAAAGAUGUCCCCCCUCCCCUUCCUCCUCCUCCUCCUCCUCCCGCCCCUCCGCGACCUCCCAAGCUGCCGGACAACCAGGCCCCCGACAUCUGUGACGGGGACUUUGACACGGUGACCGUGUUGAGAGGGGAGAUGUUUGUUUUCAAGGGCCGCUGGUUCUGGCGUGUGCGGAGGAACCGGGUCUUGGAUAACUACCCCAUGCCGAUAUCCGUGUUCUGGAACGGCCUGCCCAGUGACAUCGACGCGGCCUACGAGCGCCACGAUGGCAAAUUUGUCUUCUUUAAAGAUGAUAGAUUCUGGGUGUUCAGGGAGGCCGACGUGCUGCCGGGAUACCCGCAGCCCAUACAUGAGUACGGACAAGGAGUUCCUGCACAUAAGAUCGACACAGCAAUCUGGUGGGAGCCCAACGAAUACACAUACUUCUUCAGUGGAGACAGAUACUGGCGAUACAACGAGGAGACCCGCACUACGGACCGAGACUUUCCGAAGCCAAUCAACAGAUGGGGGAGGAUCCCUUCAUCACCCAAGGGAGCCUUCCUCAGCGAUGACGGCGCUUACACCUACUUCUACAAAGGCACCAAUUACUGGAGGUUUGACAACCGCAGGACGGAAGCGGAGAAAGGCUACCCUCGCUCCUUCCUGAAGGACUUCAUGGGAUGUGUGCGAGCCGUCCACCCGCAGCCCGAUGCAGACACGGAGCAGGAACCGAAAUACAAACCAGUCGACCCUUCAGAUAGAGGCAAAGAGCACAAAGAGCCCGACGGGGGGAGAGACAAGGACCCGGAGGACGACCGACCCGGCGGCACGGAGGAAGAGGACCAGGGCAAAGAAGUGAACGUGGUGGUGACGGUGGCCGACAACGGAUCGAAGGUCAUGACUCUGAUCAUGGUGAUUGUUCCUCUGGUCCUCAUCUUGUGCAUCCUCGUCCUCAUCUACACCAUCCUCAGGACUCUCCAGAACAAAGAGACCCCGAGGGCCUUGGUGCACUGCAAGCGCUCGUUGCAGGACUGGGUGUGAAGCGCGGGAACGGGAAGAGAUCGAGCGGCUGUUCAUCACUCGCAGUCGUUCCAGGCGUCUAAAUUUGUACUAAUGGCUCUGACGCGGUAGUUAAGUCUACGAAAGCAGAGGUUGAGUCACCGUUUUGGGCCCCAUUUAUUGUGAGAGCUUUUUAUCGCUCAUGUGAAAUAAUGCAAACGUGGUAAAAUGCCUGUGGAGCGUCAGCGCACGUUUCCUACUGGCUCUUGAAGUUCUUGUUCUUUGUGCCUUGAAAAUGUCUGAAAGGGUACUUAUAUUUCUUUAAAGAAAAACAAUCAUAGCUUUAAAAAAAAAAAAAAGAUGUAGCAGCCACCAGAUGUUUACUGAAGAAGACACACAACACUCGGGGGGGGGGGGAGGAAGGGACCAGUAAUUUAGUUUAAAUGCAGACCAAGUCAACGAUGCACAUAUGUUACACAGAAGCACACAUACUGUACAUAUCCACAAACAUGUGUCCUUACGGCUAGAGAAUGAACUAUUCAAAUACACGCAUUAAUAUGAACAGGUCUUCCACAUGCUCGACUACGGUGCCUCAACCAAUCCCAACUUCAUUCUUUGGUUUAGAUCACAUCAUUUGCUCUUUUGAUUCCGUUUUUUUUUCUCUGUGUUUUGCUGAGUGUGCGUUAUUGCGAAUGCGCUUGUGUGUCUGUCUGUUUGAAACAACAACAACAGAAGAAGAAGAAGCGCGUCCUCCGACCGGCGCAGGAAUGUCAGACAGCUGCGUGCCCCCCCCCCACAGAGCCCAUUAUGUCGGCCCGCUCUCUCACACAGACACGCACCGUGACAUCACAUGAUGUCAACUCUCCCUGCACAUGUGCAGACACACACACACACACACACGCACGCACUAAGACAUGGAGACACUACUUACCCAAACAAAGGCACAUAGUUUUUGCACACAGACACAAAGGCUCCAGCCUCCCCCCCCUUCCCCUUCCAGACCUCCCCUCCCACCACUGCCUGAUGUGAGCACCACUAAAACAGCGUCCCAGUGGAGUGGAACAGGGGGGCAUUUGUACACACUUAACGAGAAGAUUGGAAAAGUGCUGUGGUAUUUUACAAAUCAUCUCUCAGCUUCUCUGGCUUUGCGGCAGCAUUCGUCUUUUCGGGUAUCUCCUCUUUUCUGUUUUUCACGUUAAAGCAAAAGAGUGUCGCCGGAGAUGAAGUGGACUUUGGAGAAGCCUGCAGGCCGUGGAGGAACGGGUCCGGGUCUGGUUUCCAUUAAGCCCACAUGCUGCUGAUUUAUUAGUGUCAGGCAUGAAGGGAGAGAGGGGCGUUGUGGAAAAUGCAAAAAGAAGGAGGUAUAAAAUAUAACGGUGGGGAAAAGAGGAAAUGAGAGAGAAUGAGAUGACGAGAGAAAGAAAGAAACCGGGGGAGGCAGAGGGUGAGGAGGGGGAGACGGAGGGCUCUGCCAAAAUCUUCCUUGCCAGUUAUUUUCUGGAAGAGGAGGAGCAAGGGAAACAGGGAGGACGGAUGUUUGGGAGGAAUAGCGCUGGCGUUGUGCCUCUUGACCUAGAUUAGGACACUAAAUCCACGCCUGCUUUGCCUAUUUUCUUGUUUUCGCAGGGUUUGUUGUCGUGAGCGGAGCGGUCAUUAACCUCCUCUCAUCCCUCCACUUUUCUUUCAUAUUACCACUCUGUUUCUGGGUUUGUCUUGUUGCUGUACCUCUCUGCAGCAUUUAUACUUAAUGCACAUAAACAUCUAGAAAGGGUUCAUUUAGUCCCUUUUUAUUAAUUUGUUUGUCUUGCUAACGUUUUAAAGUCACUAUUGACAUACUAACCAUUACCUUUUACUUGUGUCUUCACAUUGUGCCUAUGUUUACUUUUUGCCAUUAUUGUGCCUUUUUUCUGUGAAUUAUGAGAUGGCUUUUUUUACUAUAAAAAACAAGAGGGAACAUUUGAAGAAAAUGUGUUUUUCUUUUUUAAAUCAUAUUACUUUUUGCUCUACAUUUCCGAACAGUACAUUAGAAAAUCACAACGUUGAUCCAUGCAGGGCAUGUUCUGUAAGGCCUGUGCACUCCUGUGUAGAGUACAUUCAGGUUUUCACAAUAAAACGUACAUGUAAAAGCAACACAAGUCUGCUUUGCUGCAGUU